AUGAAUGGGAAUGAAUGGGUUCAAGUGAAAAAAUUGGUUGAUGAGCAUGAUUGUGGGACAGUUGAUCACAACUUUCAUGCUAACUCAACAUGGGCAAGACAGAAGGCAACAUCUAUAUCUGAGGGGACUUUUGAAAAACAGUAUGAAUUAUUAUGGGAUUAUGCUGCUAAACUAAGAAGGACAAAUGUGGGUAGCACAGUCAUUAUCAAAUGUGAGUUGGAGGGUGAAAGGCCAAGACAGUUGUUAUAUGCUGUUGGUGUGGAUCCUAACAAUGACAUGUAUCCUAUUGUGUAUGUAGUGGAUGAGGUGGAGAAUUAUGAAACAUGGUCAUGGUUUUGUCAACUAUUGGCAGAGGACCUUGGAAUCGAAAACAGCAGCGGAUAUGUCUUUAUCACAGACAAGCAAAAAGGCUUGAUUGAUGUAGUACAUGAUCAUUUUCCAAACGCUGAGCACAGACACUGCCUCAAAAACUUAGAAGCAAAUUUUUGCUUGCUAGUCACAGAGGAUUGGAUCCCAUGCAAGCAUGCUUGUGCUGUAAUUGGCCAAUUAAAUGGGGAUCAUAUUGCUUAUGUUGAUGCUUGUUACAAGAAGGAGGCCUUUAUGAGAGCUUAUAGUCCAAUGGUUCAUCCAAUGACAAGUGAAGACUUGUGGCCUAAGUGUCAUAGGCCUCCUUUGUUGCCACCACUUUAUCACAAACAACCUGGGAGACCUAGGAAGAAGAGGAUGAGGUCGGCAGAAGACAAGGAAGAGGACCCUGAUUUUGUUGAUAGUGCUUAUGAGCAGAGUGAAAAUGAAUGUGAGUUGUUGAGAAAAGACGAUAAAGCAUUUGAAAAUUAUGUAGACCAGCCAGAAGUAGUUGAAGACCCAAAUGCCCCUAUGGAUGAAGAUCAGGAGUCAACUGAUGUAGCUAAAAGUGAUGUUGAGAGCUUGGAUAGUAGCUCAUAUGAUGAGGAUGAUGGGAACCAGAAGAAAAAUGAAGAAGAAAUCGCCUAA